AUGGCAGCGACAGACCUGAGCAGAACGUUUACUUCUUCGACGACGCGAGACUCGACGACUGGCAGUGGAGAGACAACAUCGCCGACGACAGCAAUAGCACCAACAUCGACAGGGGCUACGACGGCCGGCAGUGUGGAGCCAAGCUCAAGGCCCAGCUCAGGACAGACGAACUCGGGAAUCUCGGGCGGGGCAGUGGCAGGAGCGGUGAUUGGAACAGCGAUCGGGGUCGCGCUGCUGACAUUCGCGCUGACCUUCUGGCUGAUGCAGCGCGGAGUCAGGAAGAAAGGGCUGCAGCGACAAAAGCGGCGGAGCAGCGAGAUGAGCGACUACUAUGUGAAGAGAAGCAUGACCAACGCGUCGGGCGAGCGGCGGCGCGGGGGAUGGCAGGAGCACCUGCCGCAGUCAUUGGACGACGAUACGGUGCGGAGACGCGUCAAGACGGUGCUGGACCAGGCUGCGGUGCAUGUCGAGAACAACUUCGGCGACAUCAGCAAGGCUGAGGAGGAGGAGCGGGAGAGCGACGCGUUGGCCGCCUUCCAAACGCCGCACCUGCCCGCCCCGCUGGCGCGUCUCAUCGGCCAAUCACGCCGCCCCACGCUGCUGAUUAAGCACGUGCUGGCCUACCACCUCGUCGCGUCGCCCGACCUCCUCCUGCCGCCCACCAUGACCGAGCUGCCGCGCGUUGUCGACCACCGCCCCGACAGACCGCGCGCUGCAUCUCAGGCUCUGUCUCACUGGCGCCGUCUGACCGCUUACCUGUAUCCCGCCCCGGCGGCGGACCCAGCCUUUCUGGCGCAUCGCAACGACUGCAUCGAGGAUCAGGUCGAUCGCUUCUUGGGCGCAUUCCAGCCCUGGCUUUCGUCCAACCCCGCUGCCGACCGCCGCCAAAACCUCAUCGCCAUCUUCCACGCUGCAGCUGACGUUGCCUACAUGCUGUUCUCCCAGCCUUCAGCCAUUGAGUACGAUUGGGCGGCCCGACCCGAUGGCGCCUUGGUCAGCCUUCCCGGCCUACACAAGCUCACCGAUGAGAGCGGUUCUCCAUUGCCGUACGCCCACGUGCUGCUGCAGCCCGUCGUCGUGAGCUCUUUUUAG